AUGGGAAGUAAAUCUAGAAGGGUUGUUUUGGCCGCAUGUAUGUCUACGCCACGUAGAGAACCACAAAGUACCCACAUCACCACCGCAAUCAUGGGCCGGAAAGAAACCGAUGCCUUUGGCGAGGUCGAGGUCCCUGAUGACCGGUACUGGGGUGCACAAACGCAGCGCUCGCUUGGAAACUUCAAGAUCAACCAGCCAGCGGACCGCAUGCCCACUCCGAUUGUCCGCGCGUUUGGUAUCCUCAAAGGCGCUGCGGCUACUGUCAACAUGAAAUUCGGCCUGGAUCCCAAGAUCGGAGAGGCGGUGCAACAGGCGGCCGCGGAAGUGGCCUCCUUGAAACUCGUGGACCACUUUCCCCUGGUCGUCUGGCAGACCGGAUCUGGCACCCAGUCCAACAUGAACGCCAACGAGGUCAUCUCGAACCGUGCCAUUGAGAUUCUCGGCGGCACCAUGGGCAGCAAGAAGCCAGUGCACCCGAAUGAUCAUGUCAACAUGUCUGCUUCAUCCAACGACACCUUCCCCACCGUCAUGCACAUUGCCGCUGUGUUGGAACUUGAGGAGCAGCUGCUUCCCUCAUUGACGGCACUCAAGGACGCCUUGAAGAAGAAGAGCGAGCAAUUUGAGCGGAUCAUCAAGAUUGGACGGACACACUUGCAAGACGCAACUCCGUUGACUCUCGGACAAGAAUUCUCCGGAUAUGUUACACAACUGGAGUACGGCAUCGAGCGGGUCAAGUCUUCCUUGCCUCGCCUGCGAAUGCUCGCCCAGGGCGGUACCGCUGUUGGAACUGGUCUGAACACCUUUGAGGGUUUCGCUGAGGACAUUGCCAGCGAGGUCACCAAGCUCACUGGUCACGAGUUCGUCACUGCACCAAACAAGUUCGAGGCAUUGGCUGCCCACGACGCAAUUGUUGAAGCACACGGCCAGCUCAACGUCCUCGCCACCUCUCUUUUCAAGAUUGCACAGGACAUCCGAUUCUUGGGUUCCGGUCCUCGUUGCGGUCUCGGUGAACUUCGCCUGCCAGAGAACGAACCCGGCUCCUCGAUCAUGCCGGGCAAGGUCAACCCUACUCAAUGCGAGAGCAUGACCAUGCUCUGCUGUCAAGUCUUCGGCAACCAGGCUGCCGUUACAUUCGCUGGCUCUCAGGGCAACUUCGAGCUCAACGUCUUCAAGCCGGUGAUGAUCCGCAACCUGCUCCACUCGGCGCGUCUAUUGACCGACGGCAUGCACUGUUUCCGCGAACACUUGGUCGAAGGCCUCGAGGCCGACGAGGCUCGGAUCAGCGCCAUCAUGAAGGAGAGUCUGAUGCUGGUCACCUGCCUCAACUCUGUCAUCGGCUACGACAUGGCUUCCAAGGUCGCCAAGAACGCGCACAAGAAGGGUCUCACGCUCAAGCAGAGCGCGCUCGAAUUGGAAGCGCUCAGCGAGGAAAAGUUCGACGAGAUCGUCCGCCCGGAGCUGAUGAUUGCCCCCAAAGCAAAGAAGAACUGA